UCCAGGUUGGGGAGACUGAAGCCGGCAAACAUGGUCGCUUCCUGCUUUCUCAGCCAGGGUGUGACUGCACUGGCCGGCUUGUUGCUCUUGUCCUUCGGCAGCUUGGCCACUAGUCAGAUCGAGGAUCAAGCAGAGCAGUUCUUUAGAAGUGGCCACACAAACAACUGGGCUGUUUUGGUGUGUACAUCCCGAUUCUGGUUUAAUUAUCGACAUGUUGCAAACACUCUUUCUGUUUAUAGAAGUGUGAAGAGGCUAGGUAUCCCUGACAGUCACAUUGUUCUGAUGCUUGCAGAUGAUAUGGCAUGCAACCCUAGGAAUCCCAAACCAGCUACGGUGUUUAGUCACAAGAAUAUGGAACUAAAUGUCUAUGGAGAUGAUGUGGAAGUAGAUUAUAGAAGUUAUGAGGUAACUGUGGAGAAUUUUUUACGGGUAUUAACUGGGAGGAUCCCACCCAGUACUCCUCGGUCAAAACGUCUUCUUUCUGAUGAUAGGAGCAAUAUUCUUAUUUAUAUGACAGGACAUGGUGGAAAUGGUUUCUUGAAAUUUCAAGAUUCUGAAGAAAUUACCAACAUAGAACUUGCAGAUGCUUUUGAACAAAUGUGGCAGAAAAGACGCUACAAUGAGCUACUGUUUAUUAUUGAUACUUGUCAAGGAGCAUCCAUGUAUGAGCGAUUUUAUUCCCCCAACAUAAUGGCGUUAGCCAGUAGCCAAGUGGGAGAAGAUUCACUCUCGCAUCAACCUGAUCCUGCAAUUGGAGUUCACCUUAUGGAUAGAUACACAUUUUAUGUCUUGGAAUUUUUGGAAGAAAUUAAUCCAGCUAGUCAAACUAAUAUGAAUGACCUUUUUCAGGUAUGUCCCAAAAGUCUCUGUGUGUCUACUCCUGGACAUCGCACUGAUCUUUUUCAGAGGGAUCCUAAAAACGUCCUGAUAACUGAUUUCUUUGGAAGUGUACGGAAAGUGGAAAUUACAACAGAGACUAUUAGUUUGCAACCGGAUUUAGGAACCAUAGAAAGCAGCUAUAAGGAAGACCGGAUGGAUGGGGGUCUAAUGGAACCACUGAAAUACGCUGAACAACUUCCUGUAGCUCAGAUAAUACACCAGAAACCAAAGCUGAAGGAUUGGCAUCCUCCUGGGGGUUUUAUCCUGGGAUUGUGGGCACUCAUUAUCAUGGUUUUCUUCAAAACUUACGGAAUCAAGCACAUGAAGUUCAUUUUCUAGACGUGGUGGUGUAUGAAGAAGACUGCAUGGAAGACUACAGUCUUGGAUAAAAAUCUAUGUCAUUACAUCUUUUUAAAAAUGCAUUGCUCUUGUAUGAAUUGGCAAAAAAGUAUAAGGAAACUAAAUUUGAUGAACUUGUUUUAUAACUUAAAAAAUAAUUGUUAAUGCAAGUGCUAAAUGGCACUAAAUAUAUUUUGGUUUUUCCUUUUGUGUGUUAUUAAAAAAGAUGGGACAAAGAGAUCAGAAUAUACUCAUUAACUGUUUUUGAAAAUAAGAAUUUCCCCUUAUUCCUCUUUCAUUUGGAAAAGAAAAAAAUGUGAAGACAUUCAGUUCUCACUAGCAGAGGUAACUUCUGUUAGUAUUUUUGUGUAUGUUCUUCCAGCCUUUUUUUCUGUGUACUUAUUUUUUUUCUAAAGUAGAGAUCAUAUAGAAUAUGCCAUUUUGUCACUCACUUUUCAUUUUACAAUAUGUCAUCAACCCUUCCUUUCCUUGGAUAUUCUUGAAGAACACAUCGGGAAUAGCUGCAGUGUACCCAUUUUAUUACUGUACUGUAGUUUAUUUAACUAUUUUCUACUGCCGGACCACUAACUUUGUUCGGAAAAUUUUCCUUUGUUUUAUUCAUUAAUGUGUGAAAAUUGUACUGUCAGUCACUCAUGGAAUUCUGCAGCUUUAAUUAUAAGUCAACGUGAAAAUUAGUUUCCUAAUCUGUGGUACUGACAGUCCCCAGGACCGCAUUUGCUUGUCAACUUAUUUGCACAAUUUAAGAUUUGGGAAUUUCACAUAUUGACUGCUCAAGAGAAACAAACCCCAUCCAUCAUUCUUCAUUUCUAAGUAUUCUGUGAUUCCCUAGAAUCAAUCAUCCCCUCUGCAGUUUCCAAGUUGAAAGAGACAUUGUUUCACUCUGUUUAAGGUAAACUUGCCCACUGGCUGGAUCUACACUUUUCCUGAGACAACCUCAUAAAGUGACUGGAUGGAAAACUCACACUUAAGGCCCUGCCUUCACGUCUGACUGAUGUAUCACAUAAGUCAGUAAAUAAGCCCCUUUUCUGGUCACUGACAAGAUGCAAGAGCUCAUGUUGCCAUCAUUGAUUCUUUAGCUUACCAGUCAUCUUUGCACCUUUCUCAUAACCAGAAAUACUAUUGAGAUUGUGCUUUGCUAUCAGCCUCAGGUAUUGUUUUUUCACAUGUGGGGGGGAAAAACCUGAAAGUUGAGUAUUCAUGUCCCAAAGGAUACCUUUUUGUAUUUUAUCUGUUUUAUCCAAGAACUUAUGUAUUGAUCUUCCUUCAUUAUAAAGAAUUGUUGUGUAAUUGUAGGUAACAUUAAGAAGACAACUCUUCCUCCACAAUAAACCCCCUAAAAUUAAUACACCUUAGGGUUUGUUUUCCUUUUAGCACUUAAAUAUUCUCCUUUAAUUACAUGCCAAAUGGUCGGGCUUUUCACAGGCAGAGGAUUAACUGUGUUAACUCCCAGGUUAGAGCAAAUAAUACUGAGGCUUUUUGCCAGCUCUGAAUCUUCAUUUUAAUUGAUCUUUUGAAGGAAGGAAAUGAAGAAGGAAAAUUUUUAUCUGAUUAUGGAGAAGGAUCCUUGUGUACAUAGAAAGACAGAAAAACAAACUUAAAUUUGAAUAGCUGGAUUAUAGAAGUGCUCAGAGAUAAAGAAAAUACCGCCACCAAACGCUUAACACAAGGUCACCAGCACCGUGGUGGGGCAGAGCUGCUCAGAGUGGUAAAGGAGAUAGAACUGUUCUUGAUAAUUUAGUUUGAAUAUAAUGAAAUAUACCCUGAUGGUAAAGGCUGCCGGAAGGUAAAAGGAUUCCUCUUCAGAGGUUGUGCUGAGGUGCCCUUCUUAGUUAAAACCAAACUGGGAAAAGCAGUACCGGAUAUAAUAUACAGGAUUAAUUUUGCCCAGGCAGAGUUUCAAAGGGCAGUUGUAUCUCUUUCUGUUUCAUUAUUGAAUUUUCAGAAUAUAGUUAAAGCAAAAAGCUUAAAGUAUGUUAAAUGUUUAGCUCGUAAAUGUAAUCUUCUUACAUAAAGUAUAUUCCAACUUUAAUAAUAAGUACAUCCUCUGCUUAUGGUAAGUGGGUAAUAUUGUAGGUGUAUUUAAAUGGCCCAGCCUUUAAAUGACAACAUGAAAGCACUUCCUAAAAUAUAUUCUAUUUGAGUCAAAGACCUGAGCAACAAAAAGGUAUUUUGGGUUUUUUUUUGGUCUUUCUCAUGGCAUUGUUGUGAGGAUCAGAUGAGAUCAUGUUAUGACAACACUUUGGCAAUUGUAACUAUAUGGUGAUGUCCUUCAGGGAGGAAAGGAAUAUAGAUAAAUGGAUUCUAGCAGACAUGUCCUGACCUUUUAGGGGAGGGACAGGGUAUAAUAAUGCCAUUCUGCAAAGGUAGUCUGCAUGAGAAAAAGAAAGCAAGUGAUACGGAUUUUAAAAUUACGAUAGACAUUCGUUUGCAGUUUAUGAAAGGCAAAUGUAGUUUGGAUGCAAAGCUGAUUAAAUUGGAUCAAGAAAAAUUCGAAUUAAAUCCAUAAAAUAAUGCAUGCAUUUAUGUUUUCAAUUUUUAUAUAUCCUCAGCUAGUUGAAAAUGAUAAUUCCCACAACAAGCAUAACUCAGCUUGUUUCUGCUUACCGAGUAUUUUCUACCAUGGUAUAUGUGGAUAACAUUUCUUCCAUUAUGUAUGUGGUAUAGCAGAGUUACAGUUACUGUGGGAAUCAUAAUUUGAAUUUUUGACUCAUGUGUUUCUGUAAUCUUUACAACAAAUGUUGCAUUAGCAUAGAGCCUUUUUCCAUUGGUUUUACCAAAAUCAAAUCCAUCUGUAGCAGAUACUGUUUUAACUUGUGAAAGAAAUAUUUUAUAAACAUACCACAAGGUAUGGCUGUAAAAUAAUGAGACCAGUAUCCAUUUUUGCUUUAUGGAAUCAGCCUCAUUAUUUCAUUGUCACAUCUAUCCGAAGGCAUUUAUCACAAAGAAAGUGUCUCCCGCAUCGCCGUUCUGUUGCUGGCUGCCCAAUCUGCAUGUGUACCUGCUAUAAACAUGAGCCUUUCAGUUCAUGGGCAGCACACCAUGGUAGCCAACCAGUCUUUUUCCUUUUAUUUUGUUUUAGUGCACAAAGUUUACCCUUUUAGAAAUGUGCUAUAAAAUAUUUGGUUUAAUAUAUAAUAUGUAACUAUGUAGACCCUUGAAUAAUGGGAUCGAUCUAGAUGAAGGUGUGACCAGAAAACCAGUUAUUAAAAAUUCAUGGACUUUAAA